AUGGUUCUGGACGAUGUCAAGUCUGUGCUCGAUCAAUUAUCCGUUCGAGCGAGCACCAGCAUGAAUAACAUCGACCUUGAACAGAACCCGGGCACGCAAUUGGAGUUGCCGCGAGAGCCACAGAGAACUGGACGACGUAGCCAAGAUUAUGACCCAGAAGAUAGUGAUACCAUUCGCGGUAUGACAGAUGAGCGGUCCAAGUUGUUGUCUCCAGGGAAUAAAGCGCAUGAAGCAGGUGAGCACCUGGAGAACAUUCAGACCGUUGUACCUCAGACCGGCCACUACACGACCAAAGAAUGA